AUGAAGGGAAAGAGAAAAAGCGGCGGAAAACGGAAAAAUAGCUCAAACCAGCCCAUGGUGUUUAUGGACGAAGCAGAAAAAACCAUCUAUGGACAGGUGGUGUGUGCCCUGGGCUCUUCUCGCUUUGAGGUGCUGUGCGUUGAUGCUAUUUCGAGAAAGUGCGUCCUCAGAGGAAGCAUGCACAAGUCUGUGUGGGUCCAGGCCAACGACAUAGUUCUGGUCUCCCUGACAGACGACCAGAAAGACACGGGGUACAUCUGUAAGAAAUACUUCCCUUCUGAAAUCAAAAUCCUGAGAGAGAACAAUCUGAUCCCCGAGAACUUCAAACAAGAGGCUGAAGACAACCAGGCUGAGUUCCAGUUUGAGCGAAUUUAG